AUGGAAUACUACGACCACUCGUUUAGGGAUAUCGAUUGGGCGAAAUAUCAAGAACUGUUUACAAAAGAAACGAAAUCGGAAAAUAUCAACCGAUCCACUCAAAUCAACAUGCUACAACAACUGUUACAUCAUGGUGUUGUCCAUAAAAGUGUAUUGAUAAUGAACGAGUUCUGGAAGGAGACGGUAAAGAGAGAAAAAUGGAAAGGGAAUUGGUUCAAUUAUCGCAACCACUUCAAAGAUGUCAUUGCUCCCAAAAUUGAGUCUUUUGAAUUUCUUCAUGUCAAAUUCAGAGCAUUGUUGCUCUUCGUUUCUUCAAGAAGUGUUCAAGAAGAAUGUGCGAAAAACCCGAAAACGAAUUCGAUGACACAGAAAUAA